UGAAGUGAUUUUAACUCAUUUAUCAUGUGGUAGAAAAUGUUUAUUGCUGCUUCAGUUCGGCUUGGUCCUCUCCAACCACUAACUUUUAGUGGUGUAGUAAUAAACGGCUUCACUUGCUCAUGAAUCAUGUUUGUCUUUCAGGUUUAACCAUCAGUUUCUAUCCGUCACCCAAACUUAAAAGAAACAUGUUUCUCUUGAAUAUCUGCAUCUAUGCCAGCCUCAUGCUGUCCCUCCCUCAGUGUACAUAUCAGUCAUGCACAGAGGGGACACCCAGACAGUGUGUAGAUGCAGAAUUUGCUCCAGGUACCAAUUUGGCCGGGGAAGGCUUUGAUAUCACCAAAAUGGAACGUAAGGGGGCCUUUGUGCUUGACAUGAAUAGGUGGAAACGCAAGGACAAAACAUGCACCCUGUGCAGCAACCCCUAUCUGGAGAACAAAAAGCAAAAGCUCCCCUUGUCAGUGGUGGACUGGAGACCAAAGCAGUCCUGCAACAUGAAAGUAGCCAGUGCGCUCCACCGGUCCAGUGAGUCCCUGGUCAGUUCCAGUACCUCUUCUGUGGAUAACAACUGGCAGACCAAUCUAGAUGUUACUGUAGGUGAAAAAAGCGGCAAAGUGAUGCUAGCUGGUACCCAUUCUAAAUUGGCUGAAUACUCCAUGGAAAAAACAAAAAAUGACAAGUUCAGCUUCACAAGCCUCAGCAUGUCCUGUGAGUACUACAGCUACAGAGUGUCAGGCACUCCCAAGUUGCACAGAGAAUUUCAAAAAGCACUGAAACAGCUCCCCAAAAUCUACAGCCCUGAAUACAAGCAACGUUUUUACAAACUUAUUGACAACUUCGGCACCCAUUACAUCACCAAGGUGAAGUUGGGAGGAAGUGUUCAAUCUGUGACCAGCAUCAGGCAGUGCCAGGCCAGCCUGCAGGGCCUCAGUUUGGAGGAGGUGCAGAUGUGCCUGGAAGCUGAGGCGUCAGCCAGCAUCAAAGCUGAAGCAAAAGCAGAAGUAAAACACUGCCAGAAGGACAUGGACAAGAUGGAAAUGAAGACAUCCUUCUCCGGCCUCUUCAACGACAGGUUCACAGAAAUAAAGGGAGGCCAUACCACGGAGCCGGACCUUCUAUUCUCUGCUGACAAGGAUCCAUCAGCCUACAAAGAAUGGCUGAACACACUACCACAGAAUCCAGACGUAGUCUCAUACUCCCUGGACUCACUGCAUGAGUUACUGCCCACUAACAGCCCUGUACGCAAGAACUUGCGCUCAGCGAUUAGCCAUUACAUCCUGGAAAGGGGUCUGUGGAAGAACUGCAGUGACCACUGUCAGGCCGGCAUCAAGAGUGACCCACGAGAUACCUGUGUCUGCCAAUGCCACAAUGACCCUGCUGUAAACCAAGACUGCUGCCCAACCCGUAAGGGUAUGGCGCGGGUCAUCAUAACUGUACAACGGGCCUCUGGCCUGUGGGGAGACCACACCACAGAAACGGACGGCUAUGUGAAGGUGUCCGUCAAUGGGAUAAUGGUCCGGCGUACUCCUGUCAUUUACAACAACAAUAAUCCGCAUUGGGCCACGAUUGUCGACCUGGGCACCCAGGAUUUGUCCUCAGGAAAUACAGUGAAAUUUGAAGUGUGGGAUGAGGACAACAAGUGGGACGACGACCUGUUGGGACAAUGUGAGCAAUCUCUGUCUGCUGGAGUCAAAGAGGAUCUCUGCAACCUGCAACAUGGCCAGCUGUUCUACAAAUUGGCGGUGAAAUGUGCUCCGAGUCUGAGUGGAGCUACAUGCAAAGACUAUAAACCUUCGCCUAUGAGUCAAAGUCUGAAAAGGCUGUAUGUGUCCCGUCAUGCACAUCCUGUUCCAAAGGCCAUCCUCUUAGAGAUGGGUGUGUUUGUGAAUGAAACAAGUUCACAGAGAAACCAGAGUCUUACUCAAGGUUUUUCCUGCAUUGAGAAUGACAAGACGGCUGACUCUGUCAAAUUUCAUGGUGCCUCCAGCUCUCCAGAAAACUCUGAAUGGUAUCGCAAUGGAAAACAGUGUUUUCUAGCAAGUGUUGCGCUUGGUGGAUUUCUAUCACUUCUAACUGCAAUCGCAGCAUUACGCCAAUAUAGUGGCACUGUCGUAAUUCGCACAGUCCACCAGGAAAGCACCACCAAAACUGCAAAAGAGGAAGAAAAGAUCAAUCUGAUUUGGACUGCAGAAAAGCAGGGGCUAGUCCAGUUCAGUGCGCCAUAGUGUUUCCGCUUAUAACAUUUUUGCCACCAAAAAAAAAAAAGAAAGAAAAAAGUCACUGAAGAAAACAAAACUAUUUUUCCUGCUGUUUAAUGAUAGUUUUAUAUCAUCAAUUGGAGUUUAUUAAUGCCAUUGCAAACAGCAGCCAAAUUCUGGGUUUCUUUAGCUACUCCACACGUCUCUACAAGUGUGCCUGAACGUCUUGUACCGAGACUAUAACGUCUAACGACAACUGUAAAACAUUAUUCAUUAUAAUAUAUAACAGCAUGACUGCCACCUAUACUGAUAAAAGCAAAUACAUUUUACAAAAGGAAGUAAAAUUAUCAAAUUAAAUUACAGAAAAAAGGACAGGCAGUCUUAUAAAAGUGUCUCGUAAAAGUGUGUGAGAGGGGAUUACUUAAAAUACAAAUAUUUUUACAAUUAUUUUUUAAAUGCUUCAAAAAUAGGAGCUCUUUGUUUGUGUAAAUAAUAUUCUACCAGCAGAAUAAAAUUUGAGCUUAUCAAGCCUUUAUGAACUGCUACUUCAGUAUAAAAAAGACUAUUACUGGGACAAUAGAAAUUUGCUGAUGAACACUUAAUAUCCAGGAAUUCACACUAUAGACACCACUGACUAUCCACGUAACAAUUUGGCCACAGUUUAUUCAUAAUUAUAUUUUUUUCCAAUCAUAUAGUUAUUAGAACUCCUAAAAUGUGUUGCUUGUAAAAUGUGUUUCCUUGAGCCAGCUGAAGGCACAGUACACAUUAUCAGGGUGGUACCACCUUCGCCUCAUUUUGAGCCAGGAAAAACCCCGUUACUGCAGAAACUCAAAUGUAAGAUUCGAUACAACACCCAUGUUUGGCUUUACUGAGGCUUACAUGAUCUUUUUACUAGGUGUAUCAAUGAGGUUAACUGCAGCAAAAUCCUUUAACAUCCAUUGUUAAAUCUGUACUUGUCACAAAGGAUGAGAAGUAUGUCUGUUGGGGAAGAAUCUUUUAUGUGCUGACAAAGCGGUUGCACUGAAUUAUGGAGAGUGUUACUAUAUAUACUAAAUAAUUUGUUUGAAAGAAAAGUUAUGUUAAUGUAGGCUCUCAGAAAUCAGCAUCCACAAAUGAUCCAGCUGACUGAGAUGUACUUGUAAAAUGUUGUAACAUAUUAAAAAUAUGAAUAAAAGCAGUGGCAGACAUAUACUUCUGUUUUAUAUACUACAUAUGCAUGUUAUUUGUAUCAUAUAGUACCCACUGUGCUUUAGACACUGGCCUGGUCUGUCACAGGACAGCACAGUAUACGCAGCACAUCAUCUAAAAGUUCUUGCAGCUGUCAAAAUAUGAAUGUGAUUCAAUGUAGCUUUUACUUAUGGACUUAUUUAUGCCUUUUUUUUCUCCCAUACUUUUAAAUAAAAUUGAAAUGUUUGCAGAUUUUAUGUAUUGUGCAAUCACUUUGUAGCAUUUUAGAAUCUAUAUAAACAUAUAUAACAUAUAUAUAUUCAAGUGUGUUUUAAUCACAUUAUUAUU